CAGGUUUCCGUGUGCGAGACAGUCUUUUUAUUUCCGGAUAAACCUUUUUGCAGAUAGUGAGACGAGUGCGAAAGAAUUUCUGAAAUGGCAGCGGAAGAGGGACAAGUGAUUGGUGUGCACACUGUGGAGGCCUGGAGCGAGCAGCUCCAGAAGGGCAAUGACUCCAACAAACUGAUAGUGGUUGAUUUCACCGCGUCCUGGUGCGGACCAUGCCGCUUCAUUGCACCGUUCCUGGCAGAGCUUGCCAAGAAAUUGCCAGAUGUCACAUUUCUCAAAGUGGAUGUGGAUGAACUGAAGUCUGUAGCUCAAGACUGGGCUGUGGAGGCAAUGCCAACUUUCAUGUUUCUGAAAGAGGGGAAGAUUGUGGACAAGGUGGUGGGAGCAAAGAAAGAAGAACUGCAGCAGACUAUUGCAAAGCACGUGGCUACAGCACAAGCCUCCUAAUAAUGAUCUUCAAUCUGUCUGAAGAGCGUGUUUAUUAGACCUUACCUUAUGCUAUUUAAUCUGGGUCUCUUUUUUCUCUCUUUUGGACUGUUACUUUAUCUUGUUACUACUUACUACGUGGAGUCCUGAAUGAUAUACUCCAGGAGCGCGUCUUCAUUACUUGCAAUAAAAAAACGCACUUAAAGCUGGUUUCGUUGUUUAA